UUUGUUGAGCUUGAUAUGUCGUUUGUUCCUCACCGGAUCCAGCAUCUUUGACUCUCUGUUGUACCCUUGCAUGCAUACUGAGUAUCCUUCACCGUGACUAACUGGGCAUCAUUCUAUUCAGGUGUCUAUGAUGGCAUAUUCUAAUCUCGUUACUUCUCAGCAAGUUACGCGUCCAGCACUUUUCCCAUUUCUCGCACGGUCAAGCGCGUUUCAGAUGGGAAGCGGAAGUUGCCGGAAUUUAACUUGAGGCGCGGGGUCAACCUUGUCUACCAACUGCAAAGCAUCUACACUGUCUGAGUCUGCACUGGUCCAGUCCCACCUCUCAAUCAACGUCAUUCUAGUCCGUCAAGCCUGUUGAGGAUCGCUGCCAAUGGCCAACAAACAAGCAAUGUCAACCACGCAAACUGUCAAUGACCUCGAGGACGCCCGCAGCAAAGCCAGCUUCCCCCUUGAUGAGAUGUCUAUCGUCUACGCACGAACCCAAGGAGUCCGAGAUGAGCGGCGCUGGUUGGUAUCGUUGUUGAAGGAUGAUCCCGCGUUUGACCGUCGCAAGCGGCAUUUCAUGUCGAGAACGGAACGCUUUAGAAGCGCAUACGAUGAAGCAAUGGCUUACAUGCGCAUCACUAGGGUCGAGAAUGAAAUGGAGAAGCAGACGAGAGACAUGCUGAGAAUCUAUAUCGAUUCGUACAUCCCAGUUUGGCUGAACGACUCAAUGUGCAUUCCCACGGUGAUGGCUCAAAGUUCGACAUACCAACUUGAGACUAUGGGUUGGGAGGCCAAUUUCAAAGCAGGACGGUGGCUGGGUUGUUACUGCCAGACUGAAAUGCGGCAUGGCUCCAAUCUGUCUGGUUUGCAAACGACAGCGACUUUCGACCAGACGACCGACGAAUUCGUGGUUCACACGCCAGACCCCGCAGAUGCCAAGUAUUGGUGUGGAGGGCUUGGCAAGACAGCCACCCAUGCCAUUGUGCAGACGAAGCUCAUCAUUCAUGGUAAGGAUCAUGGUCUGCAUCCAUUUUUGAUUCAGAUCAGAGACUUGAAAACACACAAAGUUCUGCCAAACCUUGAGAUUCACGACAUUGGGCCAAAGCUGGGCUCAGAAUCGAUGGACAACGGUUAUAUGCGCUUCUAUCACUUCCGAACACCGCGCAUGACGCUCCUCAUGAAGAACGUCGAGGUUUCCCGCGAGGGAGUAUACACGUAUCUCAACCCAGCAGCAAAGGUGUUGGCUCGAGGCACAAUGUCACUUGUGCGAGUUUUCCUGGUUGAUCUGGCCAUUCACAAUAUGUCUAGGGCGUUGACACUGGCAAUCCGUUAUUCAAAUCUCAGGCGGCAAGGCUCGACCAGGAAUGGAGCCAGCCUUGAGCCACGCAUUGCAGAGUACAAGUCUAUUCAGCUACGAACUCUGCCGUACUUGUCGCAAGUGUUUCCGCUCCUGUUUGCCUCGUUUUAUCUGCGAGACUUGUACAAUCACCAACAAGAGCAGCUGAAGGCAGACCCGUUUAGUAAGGACACUGGUGAUCGUCUCGCUGAACUACAUGCCUGGAGUUCUGGCCUGAAAGCUUACGCUACGCAAACGUCACUCGAGGCAUGCAACCAUUGUAAGGAGUCUACUGGUGGCAUUGGCUAUCACAAGUUUGCUGGGUUUAGCUUCAUCAGCUCACAUCCAUCCGCCGGAGUUAUUAUUGAAGGUGAGAAUUGGGUCCUUUAUGGGGAGACCUGCAAGUAUCUGGUCCGAUCGUUGAAGCAGUCCAAGUCCAAAGCAACGGCUUAUUUGCAAAAGACGUCAACAGCAGCAUCAGCUUCAUGGGCUCUCAAAACUGCUCAUGGGAUUCGUGAUGAACGUCUUCAGAAUGCACUGCUCGAGAUGCGCGCCAAGCAUCUUGUGGAGAUGGCUUUAAAGCGUUCCCAGAAACCCGGUCCCCAGCAAGGCUCAAUUGACCACGAAGACGCCUACAACGCCUCUCGAGCUCAUAUGCAGCUCUUCCUCCUCGCAAACUUCUCGGAGAGAAUGUCUGGGCCAGAGCUUAAAAGUCUAUCGGCUCCAACUCGCGAGGUCCUCUUCCUCUUGCGCGACCUGUUCUUCGCCACUUGCGUCUUGACCAAUCUGGGAGAGCUCUAUCCAUUCAUGUCGAGUGAGCAGGUCGAAUGGGUCAGGGAACUCCGAGAUGACCUUCUGCCACGCGUCGGCCAGGAGGCUGUUCGUUUGGUGGAUGCCUUUGACUUUGAUGACUGGUACCUUGACUCUGCUAUUGGCAAUAGCAAAGGAAAUGUAUACGAGCAAAUGUACGACAUGAUGCGCUUCGAUGAGCCGCUAAAUGUCGAAGGUGUAGGGAUGCAAGAUGGAGUUGUCAAAGGCUGGCAUGAGACUCUGCAAAAGGUUGUCGAAGGCAAGCUUGGGUCAUUUAGUGAUCGUAAGAGUAAAUUGUAAAUAGUCUAGCGUGUAGGAAAUGGAAGUCGUCUAUGGAGCCGUUCCAACAGCUCGAUAUAGGCGGGCUCGUCCUCUUCAGUGAGAAUGCCUCGUCGAAUCAUGAAAUCGAUCAAGACCAAAGCACAGUUUGGCUUGAACUUGCCUUGCUUGAUGAUGGCAAGAAUCUCGUUGCAGUCCAGCAGUUCGAAUGCCUCUGACU